AACUCCAAAAACCUCAUAUUCUGCUUCCCAUUAAAUCUAAUAUUGCAUCCUUUCCAUUUCACUUUUAAGUUGCAAGGGGACUUUGCUUAAGAGUUUUUGAAGAUGCAGCACUUCUUGAGGCAUCCUUUCUUAUGCCUGUUUUACUCCUGGUAUAUGAUGUAGGUUAUUGAAUCACCAAACCCUCAUUAAAGCAUAUUCCAUCAUCUUCAUUAGUAUAUCCAGCUCUCCAAAUCCAACUUAUCCCUCAUCAGACUCAUAGAUGCAAUUGCGUCAAUUUCUUCUCUACUGUUUAUAGCUUUGUGCAAGAUUUUGCAUAAAACAAUUCAUGGGUUUAUAAUGACUCUGUAACCUGGGAAUAAUUAUAAAAGAUUGUUAACCAGUUUCUUCUACAUGAUUCACAAACAUGAAAAUAACAUGCAAUUGACAAGCGUACAGGGUGGUGACAACACCCCCUUUCGGUCGUUUGCAGGGAGUCUGUCGAAAAGGAGGGAAAUUUUUCUAUUGACCCGGCCCUGACCCUAGUCGACUCAUCCUAAACUCGCCAUCAUACAUUUGAUUAACCCUGGUUUAAGAAGCAUCUCAUUGUCAGUAUGAAGGCCCUCAUUCUUGUUGGAGGCUUUGGCACUCGUCUGAGGCCAUUGACCCUCAGUAUCCCUAAGCCGCUUGUUGAAUUUGCCAACAAACCUAUGAUUUUGCAUCAGAUUGAGGCACUUAAAGAUGUUGGAGUGAGUGAAGUGGUUCUGGCUAUUAACUACCAGCCUGAGGUGAUGCUGAAUUUCUUGAAGGAUUUUGAAUCAACGCUUGGCAUCAAGAUUACUUGUUCGCAAGAGACCGAACCGCUUGGGACCGCGGGUCCCCUUGCCCUGGCUAGGGACAAAUUAUUAGAUGAGUCUGGUGAGCCAUUUUUCGUUCUCAACAGUGAUGUCAUCAGUGAGUAUCCUUUCAAGGAGAUGAUUGAAUUUCACAAGGUUCACGGAGCUGAAGCUUCCCUACUUGUAACCAAGGUUGAUGAACCUUCAAAAUAUGGUGUUGUGAUCAUGGAUGACUCGACUGGGAAUGUGGAGAGAUUCGUGGAGAAGCCAAAAACAUUUGUUGGUAAUAAGAUCAAUGCGGGGAUAUAUCUGCUUAAUCCUUCAGUCUUAGACCGAAUUGAAUUAAAACCCACCUCCAUUGAGAAAGAGAUAUUCCCAAAACUCGCAGCAGAGAAAAAGCUCUAUGCCAUGGUCCUUCCUGGCUUCUGGAUGGACAUCGGGCAACCAAAGGAUUACAUCACCGGGCUGAGACUUUACUUGGACUCUCUGAGGAAGAAAUCAUCGCCCAAACUGGCUUCUGGACCCCACAUUCUCGGGAACGUGAUUGUGGAUGAGACUGCCAAAGUCGGGGAGGGAUGUUUGAUUGGGCCAGAUGUUGCGAUCGGGCCAGGCUGCACAAUCGAGUCGGGGGUCAGGCUAUCCCGCUGCACUGUCAUGCGUGGUGUCCGCAUCAAGAAGCAUGCUUGCAUUUCCAGCAGUAUAAUCGGUUGGCACUCCUCGGUCGGGCAGUGGGCCCGUGUAGAGAACAUGACGAUUCUCGGGGAGGACGUUCAUUUGUGUGAUGAGAUAUACAGCAAUGGAGGCGUGGUUUUGCCACACAAAGAGAUCAAAUCGAACAUACUUAAUCCAGAGAUAGUUAUGUGAGUUAUAGGGAGUCUCCCUUGGAACUUGUCUGUUGUUCUUGUUCUGUCAUGUGGCUGUUCUCUUCUGUCUUUUUUUUUUUUUUUUUUUUUUUUUUUUUUUUUUUUGUAAUUACCCUUCCAUGGUUAUUGUUUUCGUUUUUCAAAAUGUAAAAGUUCAACAGCAGGUUCGGCCUUUUCUUUCAUAUUCUUUUUUGUGACCAUUGGCAUUUGGCGUCUUCUUUUUAUUUUUCUUCUCUUUGUCUAAUUGUCUUUAUAAUUUGACCUUGUAUUUAUGGUAAUACAACAUCUAAUAAAAGCAUUAUUGUUAUGCUAUAUACGCAAAUACAACGCACGUUGUUUUUUCACAUGAGCUAUAUUGUGAAUCGAAAUCACUUGCUGGUAUUAUAUUUAAGACUUUAAGUUAUGGAUUGAGU